CACGAAAAACUCAGUUCAGUUCUCACUUUCUGCUAGGCUUCGCGUGCGUUCUAAUGUACUCCAGCGCUCGCAAUAUGGCGUCCGGAAUGGGCGGCGGCUGGGGAAUAACGUCCCCCACCGGAUUGUAUCCGUUUUCAUCUGCCGUGUGCGGAACGUUACAGCUCGCGGCCAGCAUGACAACGACGUCGACGCAGAUUCCAGUGAUGCCGAAGAUGACCGAAUCUAGAACCAACCUUCCGGGUGCAAUGGUGGAAGGUGAAGAUGCGGAUCAACAGCCCAGCAAAAAUCAAACCGAGCGGGACAUCAGCAUCGGAGAGGUGCUGCAGUCGAUCAGCAAGCUGGAUUUGAACGAUUAUGCCACCCGGAAGUCGUUCGCGCAGGGGAUGCUGGAUUUGGCCCUGCUGACGGCGAACGCGUCCCAGCUGAAGUAUUUGCUUACGGUUGGCGAGGUGCACGAGUUCUAUCACUUGCUGCUUACGCUGGUCAUUGUUUCCAUUUCGAUGCAGGUAUUCCAAGCGGUGAUGAUAAUUAUUCUGGCAGUCGUCCUCGAUAUCAACAAAGUGGAACAGCACCGAAAAAGCGAUAUACUGAACAACAUUUUGAUAAUUUUCACCGUUAUCAGCGUCGUGAUAAAUGUGAUAAUAAGUGCGUUCGAUAUGAAGACGCAGAACGAUCUGUUGCGACUCUGAAGUGAGGAGUUCUUUUCAGCGUUCCAUUUAGUGAUAAGACGGUGAGCUUGAGCCACGGAUUAAAAUGUAUUAUAUUUCGAUACUAAACG